GUUAUACGACGUCAUUAGGGGCUUCCGCUUCCGGUAAAGCAGAACAAUUUAAACGAAGAUUGAAAAGAGGAGCCAUGCACGCAUACAUUCAACACGGAUCACAUAUGUCAGAGUCAAGGCCCGCGGGCCACAUCCGGCCCGUGAGAAGGUUUUUUACGGCCCCUGGGAUGAUCUUGAUUUAUUAUUAGAACCGGCCCGCAGACCGCAGCAAGCCGGCAGCCCGCAGAUCUUUUACACGCACCAAUACUACAUUUCCCACAAUGCAACGGUGACGCACCGAGCAGUAGGCUGCUUCAUUUCAAUAUUUAUUGGCACAGCAGUUGUCAGCAUCACAGUAAAAUUAACUUUCAGAUACCCAUCAAAAAUGGCAAAACGGAAGGUGGACACUGAGAACCGGGGGUUUCAAACAAGGUUCUGUUCAAAACAGGCUCUGUUCAAAAAAGCCAAAUCACAAGGCCAGGCUGCUGUCAAGGCCAGUUUUAUUUUGGCAGAAGAGAUCGCUAAAUCAGCCCGGCCAUUUACGGAGGGGGAUUUCAUCAAAAACUGCAUGAUUAAAGUUUGUGACGAAGUUUGCCCAGAAAAAAGGCAACUCUUUUUAAAUGUGAGUCUGAGCAGAAACACCAUUGCCGAGAGAGUAGACCAGUUGUCCAUCAAUCUAAAAGAGCAGCUUGUGAAAAAGGGAAAAGAUUUCAUUGCAUAUUCCUUGGCUGUGGAUGAGAGCACCGACAUUUCUGACAUUGCCCAGUUGUCAAUUUUCAUCCGCGGAGUGGACUCCAGCCUAAGCGUGACAGAGGAGUUUUUGGCUUUACGUCCUAUGCAUGGCACAACUACGGGGCAUGAUUUGUAUGAAGAGGUGUCAAGAUGUGUAAAUGAGAUGGAGCUGCCUUGGGAAAAACUUGUGGGUUUGACAACCGACGGAGCACCUGCGAUGUGUGGACACAGGAGCGGACUGGUGGCGAAGAUGCGGGAAAAGAUGCAAGAGGAAAACGCGACAGGUGAGCUGACAGCUUAUCAUUGUAUCAUACACCAGGAAGCGUUGUGCGGUAAAGCCUUGAAAAUGGAGCAUGUAAUGAGCAUCAUCACGCGCACAGUUAACUUUAUCAGAGCCAAAGGUUUGAAUCACCGCCAGUUCAAGGCAUUUCUGACGGAGUUAGAAACGGAGCAUGGUGAUUUGCCUUAUCACACAGAGGUGCGAUGGCUAAGCCAGGGAAAGGUGCUUCAAAGAUGUUUCGAGCUUCGUGAGGAGAUUUGUCUGUUCUUGGACAGCAAAGGGAAAGACACAACACAACUCCGAGACGAAAUGUUUCUGUGUGAAAUGGCUUUUCUGUGUGACAUUACGAGUCAUCUGAAUGCAAUGAACUUGCAGCUGCAGGGUCGGGAUCGUGUCAUCUCUGAUAUGUACAGUACAGUGAAGGCAUUUAAAACCAAACUGACUCUGUGGGAGACGCAGAUGCGGAAAGAAAAUUUGAGCCACUUUCCCAGCUGCCAGACCAUGAAAGAGAAGCUCUCUUCCAGUGCGUUCCCGAGCGCACAGUUGGCUGAUAAAAUAGGUAUGCUUGCCGCUGACUUUCGACGCCGAUUUGCUGACUUUGAAGCACAAAAAAGCAGGUUGGAACUGCUCGGUAACCCAUUUGCUGUUGACGUGGAAAGCUCACCACCAAACCUCCAAAUGGAGUUGAUUGACCUCCAAUGCAAUGAUGCACUGAGGGCAAAAUAUGCGGCAGUGGGUGCUGCGGAGUUCGCCCGUUUCCUCCCCGACACAAUGCCCCAGCUGCGCAUCCAGGCUGCUCAAACGUUGUCUAUGUUUGGCAGCACAUACCUGUGUGAACAACUGUUUUCUUUGAUGAACUUGAACAAAACAUCACACAGAAGUCGACUUACUGCUGAACACCUCCACUCAAUUCUGAGGAUUUCCUCAGCUCAGAGCCUUACCCCGAACAUUGAUGAACUUGUGGAAAAGAUGGGACACCACCAAGUAUCACCCUCAACCUCAAACAAGUGAACAUUACUGUGCAAUCACAUAUUUAGAGUUUUUACUCAGUUCAAGUUUAAAAGUUAAAGUUUAAUAUUUGUUUUCACUGCAUGUUACUUCUCCUUAAACAAAGUGUUGUUUUUGAUUAAUAGAUUUUUGCACUUUAUUUUAUUGUAUUUCAAUCCAAUUAUAUUUUUAAAAUAUUUCAGUUGAGUGGAUGAUAGAAAAUUGCUAUUAUUGUUUUUUUCUUUGAAGUAAAUUUAGCCCACUUUUGCUAAAAUAGAAAAUAUAGGCUACUGAUGGUGCCUUGAAUACCGGUUUCUUUCAUUUAAUGUUCAUGUUAUGGGGAUUUUUAUAUAAAGGAAAUUUGUCUUUUGUGUCUGAAAAUUAAAGAUUACUGACAGAGCCAUAAGAAAAUAUUGCUUUAUUUAUCUGAUCAUAUUGGAAUAUAUUUGUUAGGUUUUCAGUAGGUUCAAUUAGGUUCACUAGACUAUAUGCGUCAUUUAAAAAAUGUUCAAUGAACAUUCGAACAGUCCGGCCCUCGGCUUGUAGCUAAAUUUUUUAUUUGGCCCUCCGUCCAUUUGACUUUGACACCCCUGGUGUAGAUCAUGGUGGGUGUCAGAGCGGUCUCUCCUCACAGUGAAGCAUGAGGAUCAGAGUACAGCUGGACUGUGGAGGUCUGUCUUUCUCCUACCCAGUCAACAGAAAACAUCUCCACAAGUUCACACACAUCUAUGGAGAUGUUUUCACCUACUUCUGUAAUCUGGAUGAAGACACACACCACCACCCUCUGAAGCUGCUACCAGAGUAUGUCUGUACGUGUGGAACCUUUUUCUUUUUCAACAGUUACCUUCAGAAUUGACUUCAGGUUACUUUUUUGCGUGCAUUUUCUGAGGGCUUCUGAAAUUGUAAUUAUAUAUGCAAAACCUGUGCAGCCACAUACUGUAGUUGUUCCUCAGCUGUUAAUCCAGAUCAGAACGGUUUCUGUUCAGAUUGAUGUUUGCUAAUUUCCCUUGAGCAUUUUGCAUUGUGUUUCUGAUUAACAUAAGUUUGAGAUUUAACAAACCAUGUUGAAAGUAACAGCUCUUCAGUGAGGUUAUUCCACUGGCUGUGGAGAUUGUUUUUUUUUUUACUUACCUGACAGCAACGCCUGUGGCUGAAAUAGCAGACUCCACAAAUUUGAAGGGGUGUCCACAUACUUUGUGUGUAUAGAUAGAUAUUCUAUACGACAGGAUUGCAUUACCAGGUUAAUUGUGAUUAUGCCCUAGGAGGGAUUAUAACGUAGGAGUUCUAGUGUGUUCAGGGUAAAUUCUUAUAAAACACAACAAACUGUAUUUUUUUUACUUGUGUGGAACUAAGUUAUUUCACUACUUCGUUAGACAUUGUUACAGCCUGAACAAAUAUAAUAGCAAUGUAAAAUGUGGAUAUUCUUCAUGUUAGGGUCUGCCAUCUAAGCGUCCUGAUGGCAAGGCAGACUAAUGCAAAUCUCUUUGAAACUGAAGAAGCUAUUGGAGAAAUAAGUGGUCGCCAACUGAAUGUGCUUCAAGCUAAUUUGAAUAUUUUAAUAGACCUUUCCUUGUUCAUACCCAAAUAUUUUUCCUCAAACAUUCUGUUUCCUAUCCUUGGCUUGAUGAAAUCUAUCUGAUAUUUCUUUUUUUUUAUCAGAUAGUGUUGAAGGGAGACAAUCAAUAAAAUCAAACAUUUUUUUAAAAGUUGA